GGUCGACUGGCUGGCUGCUGAAGCCAACUUUCUCGCACGCCUUCGACAUUGGCAUUAACUUCCAGCAACGCGGCGGCGAGUGUUCGUCUCGAAAAGGUCUUGGCCUUCAUCUCUCGCUUCACGUUGACGACGUGGUGGACUUGCUGCCUCACUCGCUUCGGCAGCUCCCAUCGUUCCAUCGUCCCAUCGCUUAGCCAUCUACCCCCCCCGUCUCUUGCUCGCCCGUGUCGGUCGUUUUUGCGUUGCAGAAAGGAGUCAAGGCAUCUCCUCGUCUCUGGAACCAGCAAACUCAACACUCAACCCCUCUUCGUCACCAUCCGGCCUCUCGCCGGCCCACCCCUCGCCUUCAUCGAACUGACUUCCGGCGUGCGCCCCUUUUCUUCGAACAUUGUUGGCUGCGUCAGACGCAACAGGUUGACGGCGGCACCGAAUACCCAGCAAACCAGCUCCUUCAGCCAAGUUUGUGAUUGUUCGACGAGGGCAUCACUGACCCUUCCGCGGUCGAAGCCAUGGCGAACCGGCUGUCCAUGUUCUCCAUGGCAUCAGAGGGCCCCGGCUCGCGAGCUGGGGGUCCGCAGACUGCCCAGGUCUCGACGACUACGCUCCUGAAUGCCAUCCACAAUAUCUACCUGACGUCCCAAGCCCACCAGCUGGACGCCAGCACUAGCCUCGUUGUCAACACAUGGUUGACGGCGUCGCAAGGCGGGCCGACCGUCGACGCCUCGCUGGCCACCAAGGCAUGGGAACAUGCGCGCCGGCGCGCCGAGGACGGAUGCAUCAUCCUCAGUUCCCUGCACCAGUCCACGCCACCUCUUCUUGCGCCGUUCCUCUCCAGCUUCCCAUUCGCAAUCCCUACGAGCCUCUACAAGUCCCUGGAUGCUCUUCGGCCGUUCCUCCAAUGUGUCACGCCGUACAAUCCGACUUUGCCCCGCCAGGCGGCCCUCGGUGUCACGCUGACCCUGAAUCUCGCCGGCAAUCUUAAUGCAGCGUCGCUGGCCCUGUCACAAGGCGGCAUUGACACAGUCAACGGCCUGCUCAAUAUUCCGACCGAGGCUGGCUACCGCGCCUUUGAUGUCUUCUACUAUCUCUUAACGUCCGCUUCCACGCCUGCUGAGCGCGAGUUCCUUGGUCUUCAGAGCCCGUCCACCUACACCCUGCUGACUCGAUCUGGCACGUACACGCCACCUGCGUAUCUGCCGACGGCCGACGAUGCUGCUUCCGCGGAGGACUUCCGACAGGCCCUCAAGGACAUUGGCAUCAAGGGUUCGGCCCAUCGCAACUUCAUCUCCACCCUCGCUGCCCUGCUCAAACUUGGAAACACUCUUGAUUACAAUGUGGACUCCGACAUACUUGAGGAGACGUGCGAGGAUGUCAGCGGUCUUCUCGGGAUUGAGCCCGAGACGCUCAUGAACAAGUGCAGCACCGAGGACCGCUGGACGUUUGUUGGAGGUCUGUACGAGUCUCUCGUCGACUGGGUCAUUAGGAAGGCCAACGAAGCAAUUGCCACCCAAAUGGAGCGUAUCAAGAACGGCGAUGAAUCUUCGGAUGGUCGAGGUGCGCGGACGCCCACUUCCAACGAAGAUAACGGCGAUACUGUAUCCAUUACGGUCAUGGAAGUCGCUCACACGACUCUCGGCAAGGCCUUGUCCAUGCGGUCCAUCUUCGAUGACACGCAAGGCAUCAAUGCCGAAAUGAUUGCCGACGGCGUGCAAGCGUCCCCCGCCGGAUCGUCAGUCUUGCGGGAGAUGCAGCAAGCCGUGUCCGAAGUUGCGCCCGACUUGGGAAUCAUGACGGGUCCCGAGGGACGCGAGCGUCAGCACGAACUGGAGAAGCGCGAAGUGGUUCUCGAAAAAAUUGCCUUUGCCGCGGAGGACGGCAGUUUCAUGAAGAAGCUCCUCUUCCCCAUCGAAGGCGAGGGCAUCAACCUCGGCCGGGCUGGUCGAAUCGAUCUGCCAGUCGUACUCAACUCUAACCGGUUGUGGUACCACCUUUCUCUGCACCCAACGGACGACUCGCCUGCGCAGCUUGCGGCUCUCCCUUCUAUUACGUCCGCUUGGUCGGCUGGCACCGUCUCGCGCCAGCUGCGCUCUUGGAGGCUUCCGGAGUGGGCCAAUCGACGAAACAGGUGCCUCGACUUCACGGCGGACUUUGACGUUGAUGAGCUAGUCCAGCGCUACGCCGUUCUCGGUUGCAAGGAUGGCAAGGACGGAAUCGAAAGCUGGAUGCUUGAGCGCGGCUGGAGCAACGGCGAGGUAUUUGUCGGCAAGGAGCGCGUGUGGAUGCGAGAGGGUGCUUGGUGGGAGGCAGAGAGUAUGCUCGACCUCAAGCCGGCGGACCACAUGGCCGCGCACAGCCUCCACACCAAUCCCUUCGGGACAGGGUUCGACACUGGCUAUUCUGCCAGCGGCAGCGGCUACUUCCCGCCGCAGGCUGUUGACGCCAGCUUCAACGGGAGCAACGACCACCUGGUGCACUCGCGCAACUUUAGCCAAGGCAAUGGCAGCCAAAUGACGCUGAGCCAGCCUCUCAACGCCGCCCCUUCCAUCGCGCCAACGGCCGCACGAAAUGUCAGCAACGGUGACUACGGCCUCGGCGCCAAGGGCGACACCUACAAGGGCGACGUCUACUACAACGAGGAGGGCGAGCUCACGGGCAUGAUGGAUGCGGAGCUGGCCAAGAACAAGAAGAUUGAGACAAAGCCAGUCGAUGCCUUGCGUCGUAUCUGGGUCAUCUUCGUGUGGGCUCUGACUUUUUGGAUCCCGUCUUUUCUCCUGCGCUUCGUCGGCCGUAUGCGACGACCGGAUGUUCGGAUGGCCUGGCGCGAGAAGCUGGUUCUGUGUUUCCUCAUUUUGAUCCUCAACGGUAUCAUCAUCUUCUGGAUCGUGGCCUUUGGGCAAUUACUCUGCCCCAAUUUCGACAAGGCCUGGAACAGCAAGGAAGUCGGGUAUCACACUGGCGACAACGAUUUCUUCGUCAGCGUUCGCGGUCAGGUCUUUGACAUCUCCAACUUUUGGAAGCAGCAACACUCCGACGUCGACAUCCCAACCAACACUGACAACAUGCGGCCCUUGGCCGGACUGGAUCUGGACGACUACUUCCCGUUGCCGCUUAAUGUCGCGUGCCAAGGACUCGGCAUCGGAGAAUCCACAAAGCUGAUCGCGAACAAUACGGCCGAGCAUGCUGAAGCCGUCCACAACACCGGCUUCUUCCAGCCGAACAAAGCCAGCCACCUGGGUGACCCGAAGUGGUAUUGGGACAGGUUCACGCCCAAGAUGAGGGAGUACUACAAGGGCGACCUCGUGUUUAGUGAAGGCUUUGUUCAGUCCUCUGGCAGCGAUUCCCAGCGCAAGUGGGCCAUGUAUGGCGAUAAGAUCUACGACCUGACGGACUACUUCCACACUCAGUCCCUCAACCCCAGGGUUUCCAUGUACGAGUUUCUUGACUCGUCGGUAAGCGAUAUUUUCAAGAACAAGCCGGGCCAGAACAUCAAGAGCGAUCUGGAUGAAGUCAUUCAGAACUCGAUGGGCAACCAGACUCAGCACGCCAAGGUCAUGAACAGCUGGAACUGCGUCCAGACGGUCUUUUACAAGGGCAAGACCGACUUCCGCGAGUCAGCGAAGUGCACGGUGAACAACUGGAUUUUGCUGGCAUUUACCAUCAUCCUUUGUGCCGUCAUCCUCAUCAAGUUCGUCGCCGCACUGCGUUUCAGCUCCAAGCGACGCCCCUCGCCCCAGGACAAGUUUGUCAUCUGUCAGGUGCCCGCGUAUACCGAAGGCGAGGAUUCACUGCGCAAGGCUCUAGACUCCCUCACUGCUCUCCAAUACGACAACAAGCGGAAGCUCAUCUGCGUUAUCUGCGACGGUGUCAUCGUUGGUCAAGGAAAUGACCGUCCUACCCCCAAGAUCGUGCUUGAUAUCCUUGGAGUCGACCCCAAGGUCGAUCCUCCUGCACUCCCUUUUAAGUCAGUCGGGCCGGGCAGCGAUCAGCUCAACUACGGCAAGGUUUAUUCAGGCCUAUACGAGUAUGAGGGCAACGUCGUCCCCUACAUUGUCGUUGUCAAGGUGGGCAAAGAGUCAGAGCAGUCGCGUCCCAAGCCUGGCAACCGUGGAAAGCGCGACUCGCAAAUUCUUGUCAUGAGCUUCCUUAACCGCGUUCACCAUCGAUCGCCAAUGAGCCCGCUAGAGCUGGAGAUGUUUCACCAGAUCAAUAACAUUAUUGGCGUGGAUCCCGAGCUAUACGAGUAUCUGCUCAUGGUCGACGCAGAUACUUGCGUCAGCGAGGACUCUCUGAAUCGUCUUGUGUCCGCCUGUGCGCACAACGCCAAAAUCGCUGGUAUCUGCGGAGAAACGAGCCUAGAGAAUGACGAAAAGUCAUGGACCACCAUGAUCCAGGUGUACGAGUAUUUCAUCUCUCACCAUCUGGCCAAGGCUUUCGAGUCACUAUUUGGCAGUGUCACCUGUCUGCCUGGAUGCUUCUCCAUGUAUCGUCUUCGGACAGUUGACAAAGGCAAACCGCUCAUCAUCUCCGACGCCGUCAUCAAGGACUACGCUGUCUGCGACGUCGACACGUUGCACCAAAAGAACCUGCUGUCUCUCGGUGAAGAUCGUUAUCUCACGACUCUGAUGACCAAGCACUUUCCGUACAUGGCCUACAAAUUUGUACCUGAUGCGCAGUGCAAGACAGCUGCCCCUGAAUCUUGGAGCGUUCUUCUGUCGCAGCGUCGACGAUGGAUCAACUCGACCAUCCAUAACCUGGUGGAGCUGAUGCGCCUCAAAGAAAUGUGCGGCUUUUGCUGCUUCAGCAUGCGCUUUAUCGUGUUCAUUGACCUCUUUGGAACUAUCAUCCUCCCGGCGACUUGCGGGUAUCUCGGUUUUCUCAUCUACAGAGUCGCCUCCCACACUGGGCAGUUCCCGCUCAUCUCCCUCUGCAUCUUGGCUGCCGUCUACGGCCUGCAAGCCCUGGUGUUCAUUCUGAAGCGGCAAUGGCAGCACAUUGGCUGGAUGAUUAUUUAUAUCAUCGCCUUCCCGAUCUACUCGUUCAUCCUGCCUGUCUAUUCCUUCUGGAACCAGGAUAACUUCUCGUGGGGUAACACGCGUAUCGUCAUCGGCGAGAAGGGCAAUAAGCAGGUGGUAGCCGUCGCCGAUGAAGGCUUCGAUCCUCGCUCGAUCCCGCUCCAGCGCUGGGACGACUACGCCAUGGUGAACAACCUGCCAGGCCGGCGCGGUGGCCCCAUGGAGAAGCACGAUUACGGGUACGGCGACCAGUAUGAGAUGGACGAAAUCAAGUCGGUAUACUCGGCUGCCCCACAGGGGUCCGUCCUCGCUGGUAUGGGUGGACGCAACACGUUCAUGCCGCCGCAGUCCCCAGCUUUCGGUCAGCCCAUGAACCGUGCGUCCGCGAUGCAGGGUCCUUACCAGGACGCAGCCAUGUCCAUCCGCCGGCAAUCGAUGAUGUCCAUGGGCACAGCCAUCCAUGACAUGCACAGGAGCCAGUCCCCGUAUCAAGAUGUGCCUGUCAACCGGCAGAGUAUGCUGAACAUGCGGAGUCAAUCGAACCUCUCCCCAGCUAUGGGUCUGCCUGCGAACCGAUCCGCUUCAGCACUUGGCUUUGCGGGCGGUCAGCGCUCGCCGCUAGCCCACGACCCCAUGCAGUCCACGACAUCGUUUGACUUCCAGCGCGGCCACCUGCCUGCGGACGACACCGCCAUCGUCGAGGCCAUCCAGUCGGUCCUUCGGGAGGUGGACCUGGACACUGUGACCAAGAAGCAAGUUCGCGCUCUCGUGGAGCAGCGCCUUCAGAGCGAACUCGUCGGAGAACGGCGCACUUUUAUGGACCGGCAGAUUGACCGCGAACUGGAGAACAUGUAAGGGCGCGAGGAAGUGGUGGCGACUCUGCAGUCUGACAUUGGUCGUAUGAACACAACAGGCUCGUCUUGGCUUGCAUUGGCGCGGUGUAGUCUUCUCGUCGGCAAGGGGCGUUUCUCGGAUAUGGAUCUUGGGUCGAGGGCAUAAGCUGUGUUUUUUUGUUUUUUUUUUUGCCUCCAUGAUACAUACAUGAGGGUUGCUAAUGAAGCAAGGGAUGUCAUUGGAGACAGAAAGGGGGGGCCUUGCAGAGGACGAUGCGGCAUGCCAGAUGCUGCUGUGGCCCUGAACCAGGCUGUUGCUACGGACAUCGUGGGACUCUGAGAGUCGCUCAUUUUCGCCGCCAUAUACGCUGGGACCCGCUCCUUCACCUGCGAUACAUAAUAAAUAUCAUAUAAUACGACGUUGAACAUUCCGAACACUAGUUCUCCUG